UUAUCUGGGGUAAUGCUUCCAUUUUGGCGGUGCCAAAUGAAGUGUUGGAAAACCUUUCAUCGUUUUGGAUAUUUUGGUGAUGAUAUUUGUCAGUCAGAUGUACACAUACUUGCUGAGUACUACCAAAAUUUGAGUUGAAGCUACAUUUGAAUGGGUGCCUUCCAAGAUAAUGAAGUAUUUGCAGAUCUGGAUGAUGCAUACCUUAAGGAUUAAUUGCUCAGAUGAAUGGGUGCCUUCCAAGGUACCUGUACGAUUGACUAUGGCCGAGCGACCUGAAGACCUGAACCUGCCGGCUGCUGUGGUGGCGCGUCUGAUGAAGGACGCCCUCCCAGAGGGGUGCAGCGUCUCUAAAGAGGCCCGCCAGUCCGUCUGUCGGGCGGCCUCUGUUUUCGUGCUCUACCUGACAUCCCAGUCCAACACGAUUGUGAGUAUGGCGCGCUCUAAACGGAAAACCGUGAGUGGAGCAGACGUGAUCUCGGCCUUGUCGGAGAUGGACUUUGAGGAGUUUGCCGAUCCGCUCAAGGAGGCGCUCGAAGACCACAAAUCGCGGCAGAAGACCAAGAAACUCAGCAAAAAGCGAAAGGCGGACGAGUCCGGUGCCGGAGAUGCAGAUGACGCAGCCGAAAAGCCAGCGGAUGGAGCCGAUUAG